AUGCCGCAGGUUUUUGAGGUCCAUGCCAUCAAACAGGAAAUAAAGCGCAUUGACCGGGCUGGUCCCGAAUGCGUUGCCUAUGGCGUAUGGAAUGCGAUAUUGUCCUGGCAGUUUCCCGUCGUUGAUGGCUAUAUCACAAGACCGCAGGAUAAGCACACGUUGCAAGCAGGAAGAAAAGGGUAUUCUGAUUUGCAUACCUUUCACUAUCGAGACCGCGAGGGAAAGGCCACUAAGUUCUUGAUCACUCUAUGCAAGAGGAAGGGCCUGGAAGGCAGGAAAUCUGUUUGGGACGAAGGGGCUCGGCAGUUGAAAGAGUAUCUCAGUGCAAACCCUAAGACCCGUUCUGUACACAGACGGACCCCUGUUUAUGGUAUUAUUACCGUGGGGAAAUUGAUGCGGGUGUAUAAGUACUCGGAUGUGAGAAAGGAUAUUGUUGACUGGGCUCCGCGUGGUGUUGAAAAGGGAGUUGCCUUCGAUAUUUCAGAUGAAGAGCAUCAGCCUAAAAUUGCGAAAAUCCUUGAUCAUGUCAGGGACAACCAUUGA